GUGAGGGGGUGUUUGUAGACUCUCUCAGGUCAUGUGUGCGUGUUUGUGUGUAUUUCUGACGGGAUGGUCCACUGACACACACGUGGGUCGCUCUAAAUAACAGCUGACGGCGAUACACGUCAUUCACUUCAAACGCAAAUUCACGCGCAAACCGUUGACAUUACAGUCGACGUCCAAAGCCCUUUACUCGUGGCUGUCUUUAUACAGAAGUCGUCGUUUCUCGAGCAUAGGUUGCGGUUAACCACACCCCGCUGCUGAAGCCCAGACCCUCGGGGAUAUUUUUAGCUCUGAUGAUGAUGAUGUCCGCUGUCAUCUAACGGAAAAAUCAUCCCGGGAUUCACAGAGCGAGGCUACACGGUGUCGGUGCGCGCGCUCGCGUUCAGUCGCUUUAUUUACCAUGAGGACUCGAAACGCUUUUAUUGUUUGGACUGCCAUGGUUCUUCAUUUAUCUGUCUUAAAAGGUCAAAGAACAGACUCAUCCACAGAUGGGACGUCUACGCUUAACGAAGUCCUUUCUGAAUAUCACAUGACUCCUAAAAGUGAUUCACGACCCGGUACUGCCGAUUCCAUGGUCUCCUCUCCUCCGACGGAUUUAUCAAGUUUUGAGGUCACAGCGAAUGGAUCUCCAUCAUCACAGUCAUCCAAAGAUGGUGCAGUGCAGAAUGACACCUCGCAUUUACAGACCACCACCCUCAACAUGGACACCGCCUCGGUACCAGGCUCUUCUGUGAGCAGCACAGCACUGUCUUAUCCGAAGAGCACCAUUUCAGAGUCAGAAGCAUCCACAGCUCCAACAUCCAUCAGUCCAAGUGAAGGGCAUCAGAGCGUCAAUACUUCGGCCAGUAGCGUGUCCCAGAUCACACAAACCGCUCCACCAUUGACUCCCACAUACCCACAGACAUCUCAGCUCGCCCUAACCAGCAGUUCAAAGAGCACUGGACCUGCUCCUCUCGAAGACCCGGACGAACCAUCCGAACUGGACGUGGGAGAUCAAGAAUCUGGGAAAGUUCAGCACCGUCCAGCAUCCCCCCUGGACCCCCUGCUGGCCGCUCUGGUCACCAUUUUUAUCAUCUGCACUGCCAUGGUUUCAGCCGUGCUCUUCCUUAGGUUUCGCCAGCGGAGCGAACAUCCAGAGUUCCACCGGCUUCAAGAUCUGCCAAUGGAUGAUCUUCUUGAAGACACGCCUUUGUCCAGAUACACCUAUUAGCAAGAGUGAAUUCCACCAUUUCAGUAUUUGAUUCCUCAGGCAAUUGAUUCCUGUAGUUAUUGGUAUGAUUCGACUGACAGACGGCUUUCACGCUGGAUCUCUGAAGGAGGAUUUUAAGGGUUCCCAGAAGGCCUUGAUUUUAUGGUAUGGUUACGUAAUGUAUGGGUUUCAUACAAUAGAAUGAAUCUUUAGUCAUAUUCGAAGCUAAAAACUGCACAGUUCCUUAAUAUAACCGGUGUUUAGUUAAGAUGAGAGAUGAUUUGUUUCUUAGUCAGGUUAGCCACCAUAUUAAAUUUAGCAUGGGGGAAAAGGAGGAUGUGAAGGGCUGAUUUUAUACAUGUUCACACCAAGAACCGUAACACCUGAUAUACAGUUGAAGUCAAUUAAUUAAUAGUGAUUUUAUUUUUCAAAUAUUUACCAAAUGAUGUGUAACAAAGCAAGGAAAUUUUCACAGUAAUUCCGAUCAUAUUUUUUCUUCUGGAGUAAGUCUUAUUUGUUUUACUUUGGCUUUUAUUUGUUUUACUAAACUACUGGCAUUACACUACUUUUUAGAGGAUGUUGCAGAUCCAAGUGAUCGCUUUGACAAUAAGGUCAUCCGUACGUUUUAAAAAUCCAAAGACAUCAUGUAAACUUUUUUCUUCAGAAAGAGCUUUUGUCCAUCUGUAUAUUGUUACAAAAAAUGGUACAAUCAGUUGUAUCCUUUCACCCGCUUCGAAUGUUAUAACUUGAUUGAAUGGGCGUUAUCAGCUGAUAGAUAUGAGUCAGUAGGGGUCUUUUGCGCCUAAUGGUAGGCUCAGAAGGCUGUUAUCAUCCAUCCACAUGGUUAA